CAAAGUGUCCAAGAGGUCUAGUGACAGAACCAUCUAUAGUCUUGCUUUCAUAUUCCCUUCUCUCAGGAUCUUACUGAAGACUGUGUAUGUAAAGCAGUUGAGCACCGUGAAUUAUACCACCAGGAAAAUAAUCACUUAAGACAAGAGGAGUAUCUUUGAAGUGAUGUGCUGGCUCAAAGAAAUAGUCUGCCAGAUUCAAAUUUUCUUACUCGUGUUGUUCUCCCUGAAGACCAACGCUAACCUUCUAGAUAAUAUGCUGCUAAGAAGUACUGGGAAACUGACAGCUGAACACAGGAAAGAGGAUGGUGAGAGCACUGCACCUGCAACAACGCGGAGACUGUUAUGGUGUUACUGCCAUCACCAUUGUCCCGAAGAUUCCAGCAAUAAUACCUGCAGGACGGAUGGUUAUUGUUUUACCAUGAUUGAAGAAGAAUCAGGCCUCCCCUUGCUAACCUCAGGUUGUCUUGGUUGGGAAGGAUCUGAUUUCCAAUGUCGAGACACACCAAAGUCGCACCGGAGAAGGGCAAUUGAAUGCUGUACAGAUGCAGAUUAUUGCAACAAAGACCUACAUCCCACACUUCCUCCUCAAAAAACGCAAAGUUUUUUUGAUGGGAAUGUCCACCACAUAGCCUUACUCAUCUCAGUGACUGUAUGUAGUAUGACUCUGGCAUUAAUCAUCAUUUUUUGUUACUUAAGAUAUAAAAGACAGGAAUCAAGGCCACCUCACUACAGCAUUGGAGUAGAACAUGACGAGAUCUAUAUUGCUCCUGGAGAAUCACUAAAAGACCUAAUAGAACAGUCUCAGAGCUCUGGCAGCGGAUCAGGCCUUCCUCUAUUGGUUCAAAGAACAAUUGCCAAGCAGAUUCAGAUGGUAAAGCAGAUUGGCAAAGGACGAUAUGGAGAAGUAUGGAUGGGAAAAUGGAGAGGAGAGAAAGUAGCAGUGAAGGUUUUCUUUACAACUGAAGAAGCCAGCUGGUUUCGAGAAACUGAAAUUUACCAGACCGUGCUUAUGAGACAUGAAAAUAUUUUAGGAUUUAUUGCUGCAGAUAUUAAAGGCACAGGCUCCUGGACCCAAUUGUACCUUAUAACAGAUUAUCAUGAAAAUGGAUCUUUGUAUGAUUACUUAAAGUCCACCACCCUAGAUACAAAGGCUAUGUUAAAGCUGGCUUAUUCAUCAGUCAGUGGGCUUUGUCAUUUACAUACAGAAAUCUUUGGCACUCAAGGAAAACCAGCCAUUGCACACAGAGAUUUGAAAAGCAAAAAUAUUUUGGUCAAGAAGAAUGGAGCAUGUUGCAUAGCAGAUUUGGGGCUAGCUGUUAAAUUUAUCAGUGACACAAAUGAAGUAGAUAUCCCUCCAAAUACCAGAGUAGGGACUAAACGGUAUAUGCCUCCUGAGGUUCUGGAUGAGAGUCAGAACAGAUAUCACUUUCAAUCCUAUAUAAUGGCAGAUAUGUACAGCUUUGGGCUCAUUUUGUGGGAAAUAGCACGGAGAUGUGUGUCAGGAGGCAUAGUGGAAGAAUACCAACUACCCUAUCAUCAGCUGGUCCCAUUUGAUCCUUCUUAUGAAGACAUGAGAGAAGUUGUUUGUUUAAAACGUUUAAGACCAAUUUUCCCAAAUCGAUGGAGUAGUGAUGAGUGUUUGAGACAGAUGGGGAAAUUGAUGGCUGAGUGCUGGCGCACCAAUCCUGCUUCCCGACUUACAGCACUAAGAGUAAAGAAGACAUUAGCAAAGAUGUCUGAGUCACAAGAUAUCAAGCUUUGAUCCAAUUAAGGCAAGGUUUUGAAAAAUAAAUUACAGCAACUGGUUAAUUAUAGUCAUGCAGAAAAACGUCCACAGACUGGUCAUAAGCCUGGCACCUCUUGAAGUGACUUCGGAAUUAAUUUUAAAGCUCAAGAGAAUCCUUAUAGCGAUGUUGCCUUAAUAUUUAGCGAUUCAGGCAAAUAGAUGUUGCUUUCUGUGAAAGUGUUGUAUCACUGAAUUGUGCCAGCAACCUACAUACAUGGGCUCUGAAUGAAAAAGAGAACAGAGAUCAAGUAUAAUAACUAACAACUGAGUGGCUCGUGUACAGUUUUUAAUAUAAAUAAAAUUACUAUGAAUUGUUAUAUUUUGCUGUCAUUUUUUCUUACUGGAAAGAUUCUGUACAUUUAGUUUGAAAUGCUGUUUUUUAUAUUUGCUUUUUAAUUAUUGUGAAGAAACUAAUGUGUAAAUACAAGUACAUAAAAUCAUAAGAAAAGCAGAAACAUGCUGUAAUGUAAAUAGUAAAUAUUUCAGUUUUACAAUUAUCAAAAUGAAACAGGUUAGUAAAUUAAAAUUUCAGUAAGCUUUAAACUGUUUAAAUGGUUGUAACAUCAUUAAAUAUCAGUACAUACUAACAUUACUGAGUUUUAAAUCCUGGAAUUCAUCAUAUUUUGCUGUUUCUGCAUUUUUAUAUACAAGGCAUUUUAUUUAUUUAUUUAUUUUUACGCUUUUUUAAGAGCAUAUUAAUUAGAUUUGACUUUUCUAUUCAGUAUUCUACUGUCUGGUAAACUUUAUUUUUAUUUCUAUACUCUGCUUGUACAACGCCAGUGUCCUUAGCAAAGGUUUGAGCUGUAUUGAAGGCAAAUAGGCUUUAAGUUCUAAUGCAAUACCUGAAAAUUCAUUGCUGUUUUUUCUUGUAAUUUAAAGUGUAUACAAUGAUGUCAGCAAUAUGUUUGAUAAUAAACACCUGUAUCUGACAUACAGCUACUAAA